AGUCCCCGCCUCUCUCUCUCUCUCUCUCUCUCAGUGGGAGUACCCUCCUCUGUGCGUUCAGUCUGAUAAGCUGCAGAAAACGAAGAACGGAGAUAUCUCUGAGUCCGACCGUCCUUUUCUCAGACGGAAGCUUGAAGCGAAGAAGUUGGAUAAUAGAGCGCACUCUGCGUGCCUCGAUCUAUCGUCCUUCUCUGGUUUUCUGUUUUCUUCUCUGUUGGUUUUUUGGAGUGCCCGGAGAUUGUUGACCGGCGCCGCUCGAAGUCCGGAGUUUUAGUCGCUUUCUGAGAUCGAAGAAGAGGCUUUUAGUUUUACGACGGGAAAACGCUUUGAAGAAAGCGGAUAUCAUGAAAGCCUCGAGUUUAGAGGUGGAGUGGUAGAAGGGAGAUUGAUCUCUCCCGGGAAACAUAUCUUUCCCUCUGCGUCUGUAACGUAGGAAUCUCUCCAUUGUUUUGUUUUCCUCUCUUUGCCUUGUUCUGAGCAAAUUUGCUUUUGGAUGAGGAGAGGCUUUUUGUUCUCCCUGACAUUGAUCGCACAUUUCUGGCCCUUGUCUGAUUCUUCUUCCUAAAUCUUCUCCAUAUUAAGCUAGAGUUCGUCAUCUCUGCUGAAACUGAAAGUUUUCAUUUUGCUCCUACCGAACCCUGCCUUCUUCGCUUCCUUUCGAGAAAGAGUUUAUGAAGCCGACUGUUAACAGUGCUCCGGGAAUGAACUAGAUUUUCAUAUCCCUGAUAUUCUUAUCCGGGAGACAGAGAAAAGCAAGUAAGCAGAAGAGGGAAAGAAAAACUGCGAUGGACGGGUUCGAGUUCGACACGGUGAAAGCGGAGAAAGCCAUGGCCAUGAGGAAGUUCAAGAGGACGCACCAUAUAGGCAAGUUCUUCAGGUGUGUGGAGGCCUUUCUUGUCCUCUUCUUCCUCUUUCCCUGGUUCUCCUCUCGCCUUCCGGCGGCUGCAAGGGCCUCCGGCGACUACCUCUGCCUCUUCCUCCACAUGCUCGCCAGCCAGAAGGUCGUCUUCUUGAUAGGCAACGCCAUCGUCGUCACGCUCCUCGCAAAAUCCGGCCUUCUAGGCCGCCGGCGCCUCUCCGGCGACCUCUACGACGAGUUCAUCCGCAACAGCGAGCAAACGCAGGCCUCCCGCGCCUGGGAGGGGUGCGACGACCCUCCCGUGGUCCCGCCGCGCGCGGAGCAGGGGCGGGGGGAGGAGGAGACGGUCUUCGAGGACAAGCCUGUCUGCGUCGUGGAGCAGUCCCGAGAGCCGCACGCUUAUCGGAGGAGCCUCUCGGAGAAGCAGGAGGCAACCUGUCGGAAAAUCGGACGAGAGCUGCGGAGGACAGAGACGGAAAAGAGCAUGCGGGAGUUGAACCCGCCCUUGGGGGCUUGGUCCUACGAGUACGAUGAGGCCUAUGUCUCGGUGCUGAGCAGUGAGGAGUUCCAGCGCACCGUGGAUGCGUUCAUUGCCAAACAAAUUCAAUUCCAGCGCCAGGAAUCUCUCGCUCUGGUUGUUCAGAGCCAAUGCGACUAGGAUGUUAGAGUUCCCCAAAAAAUCCUGUGGAUUUUUUUGCUUCAUCUAGAGUUGCUAUUUUGCUUAAGCCCUCCUAUAAAUAUGAAACAUUAUAUAUUAAUUUACAUAAAAUAUGCAGAUGAAGAGAGUCAAAGUCUUAUUGUAAUUAUCUCACUCUAUCUGUCGUCGAGAUGUAAAAUGCUUCAUUUUGUACACAUUUAUGUAAUUGGUUCCGUAGCUUUCUGCUGCAACAGGGUAAAUGCCAAGUCUUUUGGGAUUAAUGCCUUCCCUCUGCAAUUCAA